CGCGAAGGAGGAGGCCGCCGCCCCGCUGUCGGGAUGGCUCCGUUGCCGGGCCCUGCUGCGCCGCCGCGCCUCCUGCUGCUGCCGGCCGCGUCGACAGCUUCGGCGCCUGCUCCCGGGGCCGCCUCGCCUUCCCCGCCGCCGCGCAAGCGGCAGCGCCUGGCGCACCUCAGCCCGGAGGAGAAGGCCCUGCGCCGGAAGCUGAAGAACCGCGUGGCGGCGCAGAGCGCGCGUGACCGCAAGAAGGCGCGCAUGGGCGAGCUGGAGCGGCAGGCCGUCGAGCUGGAGGUCGAGAACCAGAAGCUCCAGGCCGAGAACCGGCGGCUGCGGGAGCGCGCACGCAGCUUGGCGCGCGAGAACCAGGAUCUGCGCCUCCGUCUCGGACUUCCUGCGCUCAAGGUGGAAACGCAGGAGGAGGAGGAGGAGGAGGAAGAGGAAGAGGAAGGAAGCAUUGCCCUUGGGGCAGAGACCGGGUCCUCUGAGUCCGCAGCACUUAGACUACGUGAUGAAGGAGCAGCUGAUGGCCUCCUCCUGGGUGCAGACAGCCUGGUUUCUUCAGAUGCUGAGUCUGAUCUCCUCUUGGGCAUUUUGGACAGUCUGGAUCCAGAUAUGUUCCUGCACUACAGCAGCUCGGAGGCAGCCUACUUUGAGAAGCUGCAGCAGGAAGUGUGUGGAGAAGCAGCUGGUCCCUUACCAGCCUCCUCCAGUCCCUCUCUGGGGCCCGCGCCACCCAAGCUGGACGCCAUUAAUGAACUGAUCCGCUUCGAUCACGAGUACACCAAGCCAUUCUUCCUGGAGAUCAUAUCAGAAGUGGCCAACCAGACCAGCUCACUGAUGGAGGAAGUGGUGGCUUCUCCUCCCCCGCAAGUCCCCACCUCUGUGAAGGAGGAGCCUGCAGAUACACUUUUGCCUGACCUGGGCCUCUCCCACCUGCUCUCCCCAGACCAGAGGCCUCCCUCGCUGCUGGAUGCAGCUAGUGACUCAGGCUAUGAAGGCUCACCCUCCCCAUUCAGUGACCUGUCCUCUCCUAUGGACACAGACUGCAGCUGGGAGGAGGCCUUUGCCAAGGAGCUCUUUCCCCAGCUGAUCAGUGUGUGAGACACAGCUCCUGGACUGCACUGGGAUAGACAGGGCCUUUUGAAAGAGCCUUCCUCUUGAAAGUGUUUCAUCUGAACCUUAAGUAUUGCUUCCUUUUUUGUACAUUGCCUCUGCCCGCUACUUGCCUAAUCAAGGUGUUCCAGAGCCCUUCCAAGAAAUGAAGCCGCCACAGAGUUAGCCAUAUUGGGAGGAGGGGUUCGUGCUUAGGGAGAAAUUGCUAGCCCCUUUCAGUAGCUUCUACUCAACAUGUAAAUAAAGGUCGGGGUGGGGGAUUUGAAAUAUUCUGUAAAUAUACACGUACUGCUUCUUUGAAAGCUAUUUUCCCACAGCAUAUUUAUAACUUUGCUGUAAUUAAAACGCAGAGCAAAUGA